UUGGUAUAUGAUAUAACAUGCUAGAACACAAUUAGCUGUUCAGAGAAACAAUGGGCAACUAUCGGCACUGGAAAAAGGCAUUUUAUAAAAACGUUUUUGGACCAGAUAUAUGGACUAUAAAAAUCUGCAAUGAGAAACCAAAUCAAAUGGGUUGGAUACCAUUCACUCAACGUGAUGCUUUUGGAGAGUACAAAUGUCCUGAUUGUCCUAACUCCUGGAAAUCCAUACAUUCUGUCAUUGAGUUCUACAUACAACUGACUAACCGGCAAGGGAGAGUCAUGAUGAAUCCAUUGGGGCAGCAGUGUAAAAACUGCAUUGAUCAAUACAUAAAACCUAAAAUGCCAAACAGAAUAAUCAGAAUCAUUGUACAGAAUCUGAUCAAAACUAUAAGAAAGAAGUGCUAUGGAGAAUAUGUUCCACAACUGGAUCCUGCAGAUGAUGGGCAGAGUGGGCAUGGACCACACAUAAAGGAACUGUGUCAGGCUUGUCGUUUAGGCAUCUGCAAAGCAAAAGCUUUUAAUAGUCAUCACUUCAGACAUAUCACUGUGAACAUUGAGGAAAAGGAAUCUAAGACCCAAUUAAACUCUUUUCAACAACAAGACAGUUGUAACUUUAAGGCUUGUUUCUGUGCCUGCUUCUUUGCUAUAAUUGUUUUGAUAUGUUUUAUCUGGAUAAUGAAAUACAAUUUUGUUUAGUUCUGCGCAACCUAGGCACCAGAAUUCUGUCUAAAGUUGCUCACCAACCACAGCUGUCCAGUUGCUCUAGAUUUACUUCUACUAGAUAUACCCUGACCUGGAUGGAUGAAAACCUUUAUAGACAUAUUUCACCAACAGAAAUGUUUUGUACUUUCAGCUUUACAAUCUAUAUGCACUGUACAUAGAUAUAUCCAUGAAAAUAGGUUCUUAUCUUGCCAUUCAGACCGACCUAACUAAAUUUUUUUUUAUAAAAAACUUAAAAUCUAUGGACAUAGUAAGGAUUGUACAUAGGAUCUUAUGUUUCAGCUUCCAGCGUUUAUCCAAUUGAGUAACACCUGUAUCUUUAACUCAUUAUAGAUAUGGGGAAGGGCAGUGUUUAGUUUUGUUUCCUGGGAAAAGACUGUGAAAUAAGAGCUAUGCAGACAUUGUUUACUAAUGCCCUGUGCCCUCAUGUUAUAUGUAACAAUAUUAUAUGUUACUACAACAAAAAAUGAUCCACUGUUUAAACAAUGAAUACGUUAAUAAAAUAUUAUCUUGA